AUUUACUUGUUACUGUCUGCUGAGACAUUCAGUUAGUCGCUGGCUUCAGUAUCGGUCGCAUUGUGUCUUCUCUUUCUCGGUGGUAUGCCACGGUACUGCUUGGCAAAUAUUCGUUACUUUUUUUGUGCCGGGAGACACUACUAGUUUAAACUUUAUAAAUACAAAUUUUAAACUUACUACCUAUUACAAUUUUUUUUUUAUGAAAAAACAAAAGCCAGGUUUGCAAUUUUAGUUGUAUAGAUAUACCAACAACUUAAAAGAGCCUCGCUGGUUUCAUGACCCCAAAGUCGUGGCUCUGACAUUAUAUUGUUGGUGCUUGUUUGUGUGUGCUGCAGUAAGCGUUUUAUCUUAAAUCGGUUCAGAUGGUGAUCCAAGCAAAGUGAAUCAGCAAAAAGGUUUUUUGGAUGUGAUUGAAAGAAUAUUAUUACUUUUUUUUAAAUUUUUAUUAAACCGCUAAAAUUAUCCAAAGAUUUCCAUGAAUUCAAAUAUACAUUCUUUGUGUCGUUAUUAAAUUCUUCUUAAAAUCCGAUCAAAUUUUUGAACGGAUAAACCAAAAGUGUUAUUGCUACCACAUUUUUAAGAGUUUUAUUCAAAGUCACAGAUAAAUUCUAUCCGGACAUCUAAUGAUAAGACAUCGCUCUGAAAUGCUGCUGUUACUUUUAUGGUCCAGCAUAGCACAUGUUUCAUCUUUAACGACACCAGAAGAUCUUCUAAGAAACGCACAUAAUGCCCUUCGUUCGGAAAAAGUAGGUGCAACGGUUAAAUGCUCCAGCGAAGUAGAAUUUAACGUAUGCCCCCCAAGUAAAUUUCGUCUUGCAAAUGGUGAAUGCAACAAUAUUUUGCACCGCAAUUGGGGUGCUCGUGGUGAUAUAUUUUUAAGAUUACUAGAACCUGACUAUGCCGACGACAUAAGUCAACCUCGAUCUUCUCAUGGAAGCAAUAUUCUUCCCAACCCCGAAACUAUUAUAGCAAAUUUACAAAACCUCAUUGAACCUGAACUUAGACAUCCACACAUCACUGCCAUGUUACCGGCUUGGGGGCAACUGCUUUCAGAUGACCUUGUCGAAUUUUCGGAACUGCCAUCUACAUACAGUUGUUGUGAUAAAACAACUGAAGAAUUAAAAUCCGAGCAAUUUAAACAUUGCUUCGUUAGAGCAGGAAGUGAUUGUCAAGAAUACAAGAGAUCAACACCUGCAUAUGAUGAUCAAACAUGUACUAAACGUAAACGUCAACAGAUGAAUACAGCUUCAUCUUACAUUGACGGAUCUACUUUGUAUGGCAGAACCACAGAAGAAAUUCAACAGUUGCGAACUUUUAGCCAAGGGGGAGUCAAUAUUGAAGUUUGUAAAAGAUGUCAAGCUUCUGGUGCCAAUGGUGCACUUCAUCGUGCUUUGUUGCAAGAACACAAUUAUAUUGCAGAAGAAUUGUCACGUAUGAACCCAACGUGGUCAGAAGAUACCAUCUUUUUAGAGUCUCGAAGGAUUAUCAUUGCCCAAAUUCAACACAUUACUUAUAAUGAAUUCUUGCCUUUAGUGUUGGGUCAAGAGAAUACAGCUAAAGUGGACCUCAAACUAACUCCAGAAAAAUAUUUCACUAAUUACUCUAGUAGUAAUCGUGGUGGAAUCUUCAAUGAAUUUGCCACAAGUGCUGUUCCAGCUUUUCUUUCAAUGUACCCUCCAGAAAUGAUAAGUGCUUCAAUGUCAGCCACUUCAUUAUUAAGUAUAUCCGCCCUACAAAAGUCGCUCAUACCACCAAGGAUCACAUCUGGUAAAUGGAGUGAACUCGCUUUGGUAAUUCACCGAGGACGUGAUCAUGGAAUUCCUUCAUACAGGAAUGCUUUAGAUUUAUGUGAAAAUCGUUUUGCUGAAAAUGACGUUUCAAAUAUUACAUUUGAAAAAUUAUCGACUGUUUCAAACAUACCUGAGGAACAUAUAACCAUGCUAAGAGACAUAUAUGAAAACGCUGAAGACAUUGAUUUACUGGUUGGAGCGCUUUUAGAAAAUUCUGCAGUGGGAUCACUAUUUGGACCAACUAUAACAUGUUUAUUGACACGUCAAUUUGCUCAGUUGAAGACAACUGAUAGAUUCUGGUAUGAAAACGAGAUUCCACCAUCAUCUUUUAGACUUGACCAACUAAAGGCUAUUCGUCAAACAACACUGUCUGGGUUAUUGUGUUCAACUAAACAAGUUGAUAAGGCACAACCAAAGGCUUUUAUUCGUGAAGACAGCUUUCUAAAUACUCUUCUUACUUGUGAUCAACUUCCCAAACUGGACCUACGCGCUUGGAAAGCUGAUCCAAAUGAGGAGGAGACAAAAGAAAGAAUUGAAGAAACUCCUGAAGUUAAAGAAGUCAUUCGAGAAAUAAGUCCAGAUUUAUUAGAAGCUGCAGUUGAAAGAGCAAAAGAGGAACUUUAUGCAAGAAAACGAUUUGAGUAUGACUCCUGGUUAGCGCAGGGUGGAAUUGAUGCUAAGUCACCAGAUGGCGUUGCAGCGUCUUUCAGCAAGGCAAACCGUGCAGCUCUUCUUCAAGCCAAUAGCUCUCUUAUGCUUGAGCUUACAUCUAAUGAAAUUUUAAAUACUUUAAAUCAGAUAACACGUCGCAAACGUCAAGUUUUUGACGGAAGCCUUAAUGCAUUCAACCGCAACGAACUAACAGAAACUCUUCAAACUAUCGAUAUAAAUUCAUUCCUGUCAGGGAAUUCAAAUGCACGUCAACAUGUUGAGCAACAAUGUGAUGAUCCACCUCUUCCUUGUGAUGCCAAUACUCCAUUCCGUACCUUUACUGGAUACUGCAACAAUUUACGAAAUCCUAAUUGGGGUAAAUCGUUAUCAACCUUUUCACGUUUACUUCCAGCACAAUACGAAGAUGGCGUUUCAAAGCCUCGUAUUUCUUCUGUUACCGGAGCACCUUUACCAAAUCCCAGAACCAUCUCAACUCUUAUUCAUCCUGAUAUUUCGAAUUUACAUACCCGCUAUUCACUUAUGGUCAUGCAAUUCGCUCAGUUCGUAGACCACGAUUUAACUCUUACUCCUAUUCAUAAAGGAUUUCAUGAAUCCAUACCAAGUUGCCGACGUUGCGAUUCACCACAAACUGUCCAUCCAGAGUGUAAUCCUUUCCCAGUACCUGCGGGCGAUUACUUUUACCCAGAAGUCAAUGUGACUAGUGGAGAACGUCUUUGUUUCCCAUCGAUGAGAUCGUUGCCAGGACAGUUAACACUUGGACCACGUGACCAAAUGAACCAAAAUACCCAUUUCUUGGAUUCCUCUAUGAUUUAUGGGGAAAAUAAUUGCGUUGCAAAUAAGCUUCGUGGAUUCUCUGGGCGCAUGAACUCAACAAUUCAUCCUAUUCGAGGAAAAGAACUGCUGCCGCAAAGUAACUCACAUCCGGAAUGUAAAUCGCGAAACCGAUUAUGCUUCAUUGGUGGAGAUGAUCGCGCUUCUGAGCAACCAGGUCUCACUGCAAUUCAUACAAUAUUUUUAAGAGAACACAAUCGAAUUGUUGAAGGACUACGUGGAGUGAAUCCUCAUUGGACAGGGGAUCAAUUGUAUCAUCACACAAGGCGUAUUGUUAGUGCUCAGUUCCAACAUGUUGUAUUCAAUGAAUUCUUGCCACGUAUUCUCAGUUGGAAUGCUGUGAAUCUUUACGGGUUGAAGCUCCUGCCACAGGGUUAUUAUAAGGACUACAAUCCGUCGUGCAGUCCAAUAGUAUUCAACGAGUUUGCUGCCGCUGCUUUCCGUAUCGGACAUUCGCUGUUGAGACCACAUAUUCCACGUUUAAGUGUUAAUCAUCAGCCCGUUGAUCCGCCCCUAUUGCUUCGCGAUGGUUUCUUCAAGAUGGAUGUUAUGUUGCAGCCAGGAAUAGUGGACGAAAUCAGUAGAGGACUAGUGGCUACCCCAAUGGAAACCCUUGAUCAAUUCAUAACGGGCGAAGUAACUAAUCAUUUGUUCGAAGACAGAAAAAUUCCAUUCUCUGGAAUUGAUCUGAUUUCUCUUAAUGUUCAGCGAGCUCGUGAUCACGGUAUUCCGUCAUACAACAACUAUAGAGCGUUAUGUAAUCUUAAGCGGGCCAACACUUGGUCAGACUUGAGUCGUGAAAUUCCACCAGAAGUUAUUAAUCGUUUCAAGAAAAUUUACGCUUCCGUUGAUGAUAUUGAUUUAUUCCCCGGUUCAAUGACAGAAAGACCACUACAAGGUGGAUUAGUAGGACCAACACUAGCCUGUAUAAUUGGCAUCCAAUUUAGGCAGCUGAGAAAAUGUGAUCGAUUCUGGUAUGAAAACGAAAAUCCAGAAGUAAAAUUCUCCGAAGCUCAAUUAGCAGAAAUUCGAAAGACAACACUUGCUAAGAUAAUUUGUGAAAAUCUUGAAAUUCCAGGAGAUAUGCAGCGUGCUGCUUUAGAUUUGCCAAGUAACUUUCUAAACCCUCGUGUUCCAUGUCAAUCUAUGCCACAAAUCGAUCUGAGCGCUUGGCGUGAGAAUGUUCAAGGCUGUCAAAUUGGCAACCGCCAAGUACAAGUUGGGGAAUCAGCAUUUCCAUCGCCAUGCACAAGCUGCGUUUGCUCCGCAGAUGGACCUCAAUGUGCAUCCCUUAGAAUAACAGAUUGCGGACAACUUAUUCGCCAAUGGCCACGUGAAGCCAUUAUACGUGAUGAAGUAUGCAAUUCACAAUGCGGUAUCUACUUGCGUGGAAAUUCAUUUUCAGCAUCUGCUCCCACAGUGAAUCAACCACAACAACGUGUUCAAAGAUCCAGGCCACAGAAUUUAUUCAAGUUUCCUGAUCUAACACCGUUUGUUACUUCAUAAACAGAAAGAAGAAACAAAAUAAAUUCAUAGUCAUCCAAUAGGAUAGACUUUAAAUUUGAAAGUUUUCGUUAAUAGUUGUAGUGUAAUUGUAAAUAAUUUUUGUCGUAUAAAAUUUGAAUAUACGAAAAAACAUACUUUAAGAACUGUGCUUUAUAUACCUUUGAAAUAAAAAUAUAAAAGUAACUUAUUUAUAAUAAAUCAAUUGUUUUAGCUGUGAAAAAUUUAAUUCAAAGAGUUAGAGUAAAGGUUCAACUAAUAGACAUGAGCUGAUGUCCAAACGGUGUGUGCGAAUAUGAGCAAAUACUCAAUAAAAUCUGUUCAGAAACUUUUUAUAUAACAGAAAGUUUAAAAUCUGCCAAAAUUGAAAAUGAGUUGGAAAUGCUCUCCAAAACUCGAAAAAUUCUUCUUUGAUAAACAUGCUGUAUCGGUUGCAUUAUAAUACCCAACUAUAAUAUACUGUAGACUGGUGAACAGAUGAAAUUGCCGAACUCCGUAGAAGAUGUUUCCAUUUGCGGCGAAAAGUCACCAGAGGAAGAAGGAGACUAAACGUUCAUCUCGAAAGUGAAUUGGAAGAAGAGCCAUAAGGCUGAGCAAAAGACGUAAAUGUCAAGAGCUGCGAGAAGAUGUGAGCAGCGACCCCUGGGGACUUGGCUAUAAGGUCAUUAUAAAGAAAUUCGGGACUCAGAAAAACACAACAGACUUAAGUCCAGAAAAGAUUAGACACAUAAUGAGAGAAUAAAACUCGACACGAAGCUGAGUUUCUAGGAACAUAUACGGUCCGCUGCAGAACGUGCGCUCAAAGUGGCAGCUUCCCUGUCAAGGCUGAUGGCGAAUGUGGGAGGAGCAACAGCAAGGAAACGAAAAGUUCUCAUGACAACAAGCACCAUCCUAUUGUACGGAAUUGAGAUCUGGGCUCCUGGUCUGUAACUUUAUCACUAGCGAUACCUAAACGUUUUUCUAGGUCUAUAAAAUGCAUUUUCUUCCAUAAAUAAAGCAAAAUUUCUUUGAAAUUCAGAAUUUGUGAACUUAGAAACUAAGAUUUUGAAUGAAAUUUCUUUUAUUAUGAUGAGAUUAAAUAGAUUUUAAAGUCAUUGAAAUAUUUUAUCGCCAGUGGUAAAAGCUACAGAACAGGUGCCCUGGCCUGACGCACUGAAAUUGUAAACUAAGAAAUUAAGAUUGUGAAUGAAAUUUCUUUUAUUUUGAUGAGAUUAAAUAGAUUUUAAAGUCA